AUGGAGCACUCCGGGCCACUACUUGCCUUUACCUGUCGUGCGUGGGUCACUAUAUUCCUUCUGGGCAAGAGUGUGGAUGUGUUGACCCGUCGUCGAUUCUCCCGAUGGUUGAGCCAACACCACAUAACCUGGGCGCUAGGCGUGUUCAUAUACCAACACGCUUUCGCCGCUCCCAAUCCAGAUAGAGCAAUACUGCAGCCUGCAAUCGAGAGGAACCAGAGAAAUGCUCCGAGGCAACGACCAGCUCGUUUUCGCCGACGAGUCGAACGGAUGUUGCGAUGGAGCUUCGAAAUUGGUGCGUAUCUGACCUUGCUGAUCGGCUUGGUGUGGAUCGUCUGGGUCCUAUCCCAGUUGUUGCAACAGGUGCACCUGCGCUCUGCGUGCCUGGUAUCGCGUAGUGUGAAUCGCGCCUAUGCGCCUCUAGACGACAGAAAAGCCGUGGCAAUCAAAAUGUCUACGUCGCUCGAGGAAGCGAGCCCGAAUCCGAGAAUUCCCCGCGCUCCUUCGAGGAUGCAUCCCGGAGAUGCCGCUCCCGGUAAAAUGCGUGAGCGUGGUGGUGUGAAGGUUCAUUUUGGUACCGCGAAAGCGGUCGCACUGUCUCCAUUUGCCAAUAGCAAGCCAGUCGAGGAUUCCGGAGCGGAGCAUUUCGCAGAGGCUCCGCUUGCGUUACCCGCAGCACGGCCCGGUGAGCGUGCGUAUCGCGGGGGAUCCACAGCACCGGCAAGCCACCCAUCGAGCAAGUACUGGUACACGAACGGUGCUGGACAACUGCUGGAUAUGGGCUUGCUAAUUCUGGCGAUUGGACUGGCAGUAAUCGCCCAUGAACUGGGUCACGCGGUUGCUGCUUCCCUGGAGGAUGUGGCGCUCACACACCUGGGUCUAUUUGUUAUAGCCUGUUUCCCUGGUGCGUAUAUCCGGUUGGAGUCGCGCACGCUUCACCGUCUGAGUCUGCGUCAGCAGCUGCGCAUCUACGCUGCUGGUUGUGUGCAGAGUCUGCUGGUAGCCAUGAUAUCGCUCGGCAUGCUGAACGUGUUGCCGCUCGUGGGGCGCUUCAGCGGUUACGUGGCCUCCGAUCGUCACGAAGGUGCUGUUGCGGCCUGGAUUCAUCCGGAUUCUCCCUGGAGAGCAAUCACUGAGCCCGAGAGUCUCUUGAUUGCCAUCGAUGGUGAACUGGAGGCUCCCGCUGGUUACAUUUGCUUGCGACAUGUAUCCGCACCAGUUGUGACGCGUUGUGAAGUUACCUCUGGUCGAUGCGCUUGCGUUAUCGAAAGCGACAAACUGCCGGAGACGCGUAUCCAUGACUCGGUAACUGCCGCUGGCAAGCAAUGGCAUUGUAUGGUCUUUGAAGCGCCCCGCCGACGGCUUAGUGAAAGCACAGCAAGCUCGCUGCUCACUGGCGGUCAAGUUGCGCGGCUCAUGUCGAUGGACACGUUACCAGCAGCAGCGUCCCGUUUGAUGUGGUUUGAUGAGACCCCCGAGCGUAUUACGCAAGAGAUGCGCUUCAGCGACGACGUCCAGCAGUCACCACGGCCGUUUAUGGGUCACAGUUUGCUGCAUACCGCGGAAACGUUGCUAGCGUAUUUGUUUCUUGUCUCGCUUGGACUAGGCCUGCUGAAUAUUAUACCGGCUUUGGGGCUCGAUGGUGCGCAUCUGCUGCGACUCGUGGUGGAGGCAUGGAUUCGAAAACUCAGUCCGGAGCGGGUGCGGCUCAUUCGCACGCUGCGGCUAUUUACCCGAGUGGUGCUAGUCGGUCACACGCUGCUGCUGGUGGCGCUCGGACUUGUGGCAGUGCUCACGCAGCACUUGCCUAUUGGCGCAGGUUAA